GCGAGCGCGCGAGAGGGAGAGCGACAGAGCGCGCGCAGCUCAGACCGAAGCCCAUAGAUUUCCAUCCUGAUGUGAUUCCAGCGUUUUAAUCCUGCCGCUGUGGCGCUGCUGGCUCCUCGUCUCCAUCAGAAGACCCCUCGCUUUAUUCCUCCACUCCUCCUUCCUCUCCUUCCCCAUCGCUCCUGCUGCUGCCGCUGAAGCUGAAGUGAACGAUGGUCAGUCUGUGGGCGCCUCCACAUCGCUCCCGUUUGGCACGGUGGGGAUUACGCAGGGAAGAGGAGAGCGGGAGCAUGUAAACGCCAAAUGGAGUUUGGGAUUUACUGCAAAACAUGGGGAAGAUGACCGCCUUGUCUUUGUGCUUUCUCCUGUGCGCGGAUCUGCUGGAUUUAGCCUUCGGGUAUUUGACAGUGACAAUAGAGCCCCUGCCACCUGUUGUUGUCGGAGAGACUGUGACGCUGAAGUGCAACUUCAAGACCGAUGGCAGAUUGCGGGAGAUUGUCUGGUACAGGGUUACAGAUGGCGGCACCAUUAAGCAGAAGAUUUUCACAUAUGACGCCAUGUUUAAUACCAACUACUCCCACAUGGAGGACUAUCGCAGGCGAGAAGACUUGGUGUAUCAGUCAACAGUUCGGCUCCCUGAGGUGCGGAUCUCAGAUAAUGGGCCUUAUGAGUGCCACGUGGGCAUCUACGACCGGGCCACCCGGGAGAAGGUGGUGUUGGCAUCAGGGAAUGUCUUUCUCACAGUCAUGUCGCCACCCAACAACAUCUCGGUGGUAGCGGAGAACACGCCUGCGCCGUUCAGCCGCUACCAGGCCCAGAACUUCACUCUGGUCUGCACUGCCAAAGGAGGCAAACCUGCCCCAUCGGUAUAUUUUAAACGAGAUGGGGAGUUGAUAGAAGUCAUUUCUUACGUUUCACCCACUGUGGGUGAUGAGGGCGGGAGUUUGGCAGGCGUUCGCGGGGCCAGACCCCUCAUCAGCAGGGACCUGGAUGACACCAAGCUGCAGAAGUCCCUCUCUCUGCUGGGGCCAGACGGACGGCCAGGACGCCUCUACACAGAGAGUCCGAGGCGGAGCUACACAGCCAGGCAGCCACGCUACGAGCCAAGCCCGGCCACGGAGACCAUUCCUGAGACGGUGGUGAGCCGAGAGUUCCCCCGCUGGGUGCAGAGCACCGACCCGCUCUACUUCUUCAGCAACACACACAUUCCCCAGAGCGACGGCUCCGUCUUGGUUCAGGCAAAACUCACCUGGACCCUCAACCCCCAGCUGGAUAACGAUGCCCUGUUCAGCUGCGAGGUCAAACACCCAGCUCUCUCCAUGCCUAUGCAGACUGAGGUUACUCUGGCGGCUCCGAAAGGCCCCAAGCUCCUGAUGACCCCGACCAGGGCAAAGGUAGGGGACACGGUGCGCAUCACUGUCCAAGGAUUCCAGGUAGGAUCUCCAGGGAAUGAGGUGUUCCCUGAACCCCUCUUCACCUGGACGCGAGUGGGCGGUAGGUUACUGGACGGCAGUACGGAGAGAGAAGGGAAGGAGCUGGUUUUGGAGAGAGUCCCUGCUGAACUUAAUGGCUCCAUGUACCGCUGCACAGCCCAGAAUCCUCUGGGAUCUACCGACACACACAUGCGCCUCAUUGUCUUCGAAAACCCAAGCAUGAUGAAAAACACACAGAAUCAAAACAGUGGAGCCCCCCGCUUGCACAUGCUCGGACUGACGUGGCUGCCGCUCGUCCUCACAGUGACCGCAGUGUUGACGUGAGCGUCCCUCCAUCUGGGAAAUAAAAGAGAAGUAGAGGAAAACACUCACGCGUCUGCUCCGAACAAGCACACACACUCUUUCACACACAACCCACACACUCGAACAGAUUGUAAAACAGACCCACUUCACGUCCGUUUUUCGGUGGACAUCCGCAUCCUCAUCGUGGGGGGGGCGCGCUACGUUCUCUCUUUUUCUCUCUAUUUGUUUUUUUUCAUGGAAAAACAUGAAAAAAAAAGCCUAAUGAUGAGGCUAACGAUGAUAAUAUUAGUGAUUAUAACUACAAAAAGCAAACAACACACCUAAUAUAAGAAGAAGCAGCACCACCUCACGUCCAUCCCCUCACUUCACACACGUUUUGUUUUGUUUUCUCGUCCGUCAGUGGGAGACUGAACUCCAAAAGAGAAAGGAGCCUGAGAUAAACUCAAAGUGGACUUUGAACAUGGACACACAAACAAGAAGGACAAUAUAGUAACUGCUGCUGCACCAGUGCUGGCCCACCCAGCAAUCCUGUACUCUAGCACAAACCGGACACGCCCUCCUUUUUUUGGACGUCAUUCUUUUGCGUUUUUAGCACAGUAUUCUUUUUUUUGUCCAUUUUUAUUUUAGUUUUUUGUUGAAUGGCUCAUGGCUGGAAUGUACAAAAAAGACUUUAAGAAAAAAAAAAAACUCCUGUGAACUGGUGACAUUUUCUUUGGAAAGUAACAAAAAAAGACCCUCUUUUUAAAUGUAUUUUGUGUACAUCCCUGUAAAUAAUGAAAAGUAUAUAAAAAAGAAUCAAAUUCAGAGUUAUAAGGGGGCUAUAGGGGGGAUUACGGGGUCUACGGGAAGGAAAAGCUGAGUUGAACUGGUUAGCAUUUAAUGGCUUUAUUGCUUAUAUUUGGUCAUCCCCAGUAACCAUCGCCAAGAAAGCGUACCAAGGCUUUUAAAAGAACAGUGGAAUCAAUAUCAGUAGACUUCCCUAUUACUGAUUUCAUAUGUUCCUGUACCAUCGCUGCGGCGGGUCUCAAGUGCGAGGAAAGAAAGAAAAACUCAUCCUUUUCCAUGGUGUACGUCUGCCUUUCUCGGGGUCGUGGUGCAUGUGACGUUUGACGAUUAUUUCUCCCCUUUCAUCUGUUCGGCGGCUGCUCCUCACCGCUCGCCCACCUGUUUCUACCCCCUUCUUUUUCUUGUUGCAUAAUAUAUUCAGUGACCUGCAUUGUGUACAGUAUGUAACUCUCUCCUAACAGUUACUGCUAGGAUCAUGUUAGCCACCAUACUCUCCCCCUCUCUCCUUCCCUCCCUCAAAGGAAGCUGAGUGUAAACAGGGUUGUUGCAUUUGUUUCAUAUCACCUGUAUUAAAAAAUGGAGAUGAUCAACUCGA